CUGAGUUACGGAAGCCGGGGAGGGCUGAGCACAAGGUCUACUUCGAGGAAGUUAACCUCGGAAGCCAGGAUAGUGGUAGAGAAGAACUAUUUCAGGCCCAAUGGCGACUGUGGAAGCAAGCGACAGCGAUGGGAAAGGGCAAGGGGUCGAGACCUCCGUCACAUAUUAUCGAUUGGAGGAGGUGGCGAAGCGCAACUCCAUGAAGGAGAUAUGGCUGGUGAUCCACGGGCGAGUCUACGAUAUUACCCGUUUCCUUAACGAGCAUCCUGGGGGAGAAGAGGUUCUGCUGGAACAAGCUGGUGCAGAUGCAAGUGAGAGCUUUGAAGAUGUCGGCCACUCCGCUGAUGCCAGAGAAAUGCUAAAGCAGUACUAUAUUGGUGAUGUGCAUCCGAAUGACCUUAAACCUGAAAGUGGUAGCAAGGACCCUUCGAAAGAUGCCCCGUGCAAAAGUUGCUGGUCGUACUGGAUUUUGCCCAUCCUAGGCGCUAUUGUCUUAGGUUUCCUGUACCGUUACUACACGGCGGAAAGCAAAUCCUCCUGAGGAGACCGUGUGGAAGUUGGAAAGCAUAUCCAUUGGGAGUGCGAGCUAGAGACUUGUUUGGAGGCCAAGCGAUGCCCUCUUCUCGAAUCCUGCUGGGUGUGUGCUUCCCCCUUGGAGGCCAGAUGGUUGGCCAGACGCCCACCCCAGACCUGGGGCCAGUGUCCUUCAUUUCCCAGAGCCUUACUCCCAAAGCACCUGCUCAUUGUUCUGUGUCCCUGCCAGUGCUCCUGUCUCCACUGGCUUCCACCAGCCCCUUUGUGUUUCUGAACUUGGUUUUAUAAUUACAAUCCAAAUGUCCCAGUGACAUUGUCCUUUGGUGAAAAUGCCUGCUUUCCAGUUCCUUGAUGUACAUCAGACGUUCUUAACAGGGCAACACACUGGUUCUGAAGCUUUCCUUUUUCCAUUUUUCUUCUGGCUUCAUUCUAUUAUUUAUCAUAAGGGGUUUAGUUAGUGAAGUAAAGUUGCACACCUAUGACUUAAAACACAACUGCCAGAUGAUCUCGUUCCUUGUUUGUAUUUGUUCAAACUCUGAAGGACCGUGAAAUCCUGUCCUCCCUCCGGAGCUAGGGUAGCAGGUAGCUCUUGCCACCCCCCAUGUCUGCCAAGUGCUGGACAGAACUGUGCUUCCAUCGUAUGUCUUGGGAACGGAGACGAAGAGGGAAGGGGAGAGAUGAACUGGGGUGAGUGAUAUGGUGAAUUCCUAGUCCUCUUUGUUUCGCAAAAUAUUGAGACACUACUUAGGAUGGGAGUUUAGGAAAAGCACCAAAGACUUCAUUCUUUUCUUUUUUUUUCCCCCAAAGACUUCAUGCUCUACUUUGGUGUGGCAUCACUUUCUAGCCAUCUUCUUUCUUUUCCCCCCAACUGUCUUAUUGCUGAGAUACAAAUUGAUAAUUCUAUUUGUAGAACUUUACCAAAAUUUUUUUAUUGAUUAGUGAAUUUUUUCACUCCCUGUUUUACAAAAACAAGAGAGUCCAACUUGAUCAAAGCUACAGUAGCUGAUUUUCUAUUAGCCCCAGUAAAAGAACUUCCAUAGUAAAGUGACCUUCGAAAGGGGGAGACUGUGACAAGAGAAUGCUUUCCAUUUCAUCCGGAUUUUACCUCCAUGGCUCCAAUUUGUGGUUUUGUUGUUUUUCCAUUGAUGGGGAAAAGAAAAAAGCAACCAGCUAGAAGUUUUAUUCCUUUUAUUCCUUUAAUUGAAGAGUAGGUUAUUUAGAAUUAUGUGAGUGUUUCUUCUUGGUUCAGGAAUUUCUCUGGCUUAUUUGACUUUACUUUUUUUUUCCCUGUGGAAGCACCUGAGGAGACAGUGUACGGGCUGUUUUCUGCCAACAAUUGUUUGUGGUGAUUUUUCUCCCCAUCUUUUAAGCAUUACCAGUUUGCUUCUGAGCCAUUGUCCUGUGCAGCAAGGAGUGGCUUGGUUCCAGAAGGACCAUGGACACUACUCAGUAUCUCCCCCCACCCUGCCUUCACUUCCAACUUGCCACAGACUUGACAAGACAGGAAAGGCCCCCGCAAAGCAGUGUCUGCUCCUGCAGACUAUUUAAGAAAAGGUUCAACCCAGGUCCUGUAGUGAAUUCAGAAUUCAUCAAAAUAAUAUUAACCUUGUAUUUGCACACUUGGAUAUGAUAUUAGGAAGAAAUUUUAGGGGAUUUUUGGCAUACUUUUAUAUAUCAGUGGUGUGGGAAUAGUCAAACUUUUAUCUUUAGAAAAUAUUGUAUAAGAUGCCACUUUUAGACAAUUUAUUGAAAAAAACCUUUGGUGAUUAUGUAACAUAAGUGGUGUGACUGUUGAUGCUCCUCCCAUUUGAAGGCAUAAGGAAGGGCUGCAUUGAAUAAGAAUUUGUAUAUAAUUGCUGUAAUAAUUAAGCUGCAUGAUUACAUGGGCCACAUUGGGGGUAGAAAUGACGAACAAAGGACUAUUGAGGAACUGGAAGGGGAACAUUGAGGCUGAAACUAAGCCAGCAGAUAACUUGGAUCAAUUAAAAUAUAUUGGCAGUCUCCAAAAUUAAAUGAAAAACAUCUGGCUUAUAAGAAAUGUUAAAGAUUAUAGUCUUAAGUAAAAUUGGUGGUUUUUUUUUUAAUAUAUUUUUAGGGUGAAUACUAACACAAAAGGUAUGCUUUUCUAUUUCAUAUUGGUUUUCUUUUCUCGUUUAUAUAUGGACUUGUUUUUCCUCGGAGCCAGAGGAAAAGAUUUUCAGACUUUGUCUCUCUACUGUCCUUGAAAUCCAUCCAACACCCAGGGCUUCUUUUGAUCUACUCCUGAUGUCACUUUGUAUUAGAAAAACCACGUUUGGGUCCAUUCACUGUUAUUCUGCUGAGCCAGGCGAAAGGUAGAGCUAGCGUGCAAAUUUGCAGAGGUUUUUCUAAACAGUAGAAUAAUACAGUAUGUUAGCCAAAUCCAUCAAAAAGGACUUGUUUUAAGAGGUAAACUCAAAUUCUCGUAACAGUCUCAACAUUGGUAGGUCGCGAAAACCCUUCUGGAGAGUAAGUGGAGCCAGUCUCUGUUGGCUGAUGGGGCCCCCGAGGGCUGGUCUCUGGGGUGGUGGGUUGUUCGUUUCCAAGGAGGACCAGCUGUGGCCUCACAUGAUGGCUGGAGGUCACAAAAGGAGGAGAUGAGGGACAAUGUGUGCCACCCACGUGGGGAUGUGAGUGCCAGGUCUCCAAAAUUUCCUAGCCCCUGUCCCUUAGUAAUUGGUUUCGGUUUCUAAACAACUCCACAUUUGUAAAGACAGUAAAGUGGUGGGGACAAAGUUGAUGCUGUGUUUAGUUUUUUGGCGACCUCUUAAGCAGAAACAAAAAUCCAUUGGAACCUAUAAUUUGAGCCUGUUAAGUUCUUUUAGCAGUUGCCAUAAAUGCAUAUGUUGUGAGAUAAGAGCAUUGUUGAGUUUAUACUCAUUGAGUUCCGAUGUGGAGCAAUGAGAAAUGCUUUAUAUUUAUAGGCCAGGUAUAUCAUUACUUAUGGUAUCUCAUGCUUCAAAUCUCAAGUGAUACCUAUCUGGUUAAAUUCCAUUUUAGGAGAUUGAAAUGCAGAACAUUAACGUUCAUUACUUCCUUUCCUGAGAGAAAUGGAUUCAGACAUGUCUUGUCUCAACAAGAGAUUGUUUGUUUUUUUUUAAACCAUCUUAUUCUGUUGCCAGAUAUCACAAAAGUAAUGGGGAGUUUAGUUCACAUUUGGCUGUUGUUCUCUGAAAGGGCCUGGUUUGGAAUUUGUGGGGGUGAUUUCAGAGGGAGGUUCCAGAAAGCAGAGAGGUAUUUGUCAAGUUACCUACCCAAUAUCUAGCAUCUUACUCAUAAGUUUUAGGAGCUGCUUUUUUCCUGUACCUGUAUUCUACAUGUGCUCGUUGGGCAAAAUAUUAUGAUUAUUUAACUUCCUUUCUUUUUACUUCACCCUCAACUGUGAACGAGUGAUAUUAACAUUCCUUUUGUGUAUUCAGUAAUGGAGUUUGUUUACCUAUUUUAUUUCAGCAUAUUUUGAACAAAGAUCUUUGUCUCUUUCUGCUGGAAUGUGCACACAGUGAAUGUUUGUUAGAACUACACACAAUAAAGAUACUGUUUUCCUUUUCUU